GAUUAUGGCAGCAGAGCAUAUAAGCAAAACUUCGGAAGCAUACCCAAUGAAAGGUGGAGAUGGUGUUCAUAGCUAUGCCAACAACUCCUACUACCAGAGAGGAGUCAUUGAUACUGCGAAAAAGCUAAUAACUGAUGAAAUUGCAGACAAACUUGAUCUCAAGAACAUAGUUCUAUCAAACACGUUUCGGAUUGCAGACUUAGGUUGCUCUGUUGGGCCUAACACAUUUUUUGCAGUACAAAACAUAAUCGAGGCAGUGAAGUGUAAGCCUCAGUGCGAAGGAUUCGAUCCUCAACUGCUUGAAUUUCAAGUUUUCUUCAAUGAUCACGCCUCCAAUGAUUUCAAUACACUCUUCACAUCUGCCCCACCAGACAGGCAAUAUUAUGCUGCGGGUGUGGCAGGUUCUUUUUACUGUCGCUUGUUUCCCAACGACUCUCUGCACUUUGUUCAUUCAUCUUUUGCCACCCAUUGGCUUUCAAGAGUCCCGAGAUCGAUUGUUGACAAAAGCUCCCCAGCUUGGAAUAAAGGGAGAAUCCACAUCUCUGAUUUAGAAGAUGAAGUUGUGAAGGCCUAUGAAGCUCAAUAUGCUGAAGAUAUGGAUUGCUUUCUGCAUGCAAGGGCUCAAGAGGUUGUACGUGGAGGGUUGAUUGCCCUUAUCUUUGCUGGCCGUCCUAACGGAACCCCCCAUUCUCAAGCUCCACUUACUUUCUUUUUUAAUCUUCUGGGAUCUUGCCUCUUGGACAUGGCCAGAAAGGGUAUAGUUAGUGAGGAAAAAGUGGACUCCUUUAAUAUACCAAUGUAUUGGAUGUCUCCUCAAGAGCUUGAAGCUGCUGUGAAUCGAAAUGGAGAAUUUAGAUUAGAGAGAGUGGAGAAAUUGCCAGGCGUCACUAAUGUUAGAGACCUUCCUAUAAGCGAAUUAAUUGCAGCUAACAUUCGAGCUGUGUCAGAGGGAUUGAUCAAGGCGCAUUUUGGGAAUAUUAUGUUAGACGAGCUCUUUGAGUUAUUCAGAAUGAAAGUUGAAGAGGAACUACCCCUUGUCAAGUCAUUGAGAAGCACUAAUUUCUUUGCUCUUCUCCAACGCAAAGCAAAGGACUAAGAACUAUUAUUAUUGUUAAUUUUUUUUUUUUUGGUGGGUUUUCAUUUUGCUGCUCUUCGUGUGCUAUUGAUGCUACUUCCUCGUUCGCUUCUUCUUCUUCUUCUGCUGCUGCUGCUGCUGCAGCUUCU